GCUGUCGCUAUAGCAACGAGGUCCUUGGCUGAAAACCACCGAAGAAAAGCUGACACUGUUUUUGGAAGGGAAGCUUCCUCAUACUCUCCGUGUGGCAUCAUGAGCGUGCCGGACUACCUGCAGUGUGCUGAAGAUCACCAGACGGUGCUGGUGCUGGUGCAGCCGCUGGGCGCCGUGCCCGAGGACGACUUCUUCUGCGUGUACAAGCGUGUGGCGAGCGUGUGCCAGGUGAGCGUGGGAGACAACCAGCGCUCGCUGGCCGUGCGCUACCGGCACCACUACGCCCCCGAGAACGGGGAGUGGGGCGAGUUCCAGUCGCACCGCAGGGCCGUGGGGCUGGUGGCCGUGGCCUGGUGUCCGGCGGCGGGCAGCGAGUGGGCGCUCACGUCCGAGAGAUUCCGUGCCAUGAAGGAGAGACUGGGACCGGCGCUGUACGACUCGCGCCUGCUCGCGUUCGGUCUGAGCGGACACGCCACCGCCGAGCUCCAGCGACCCGACGUCGCCUUCUUCCCCGGAUACGACAACUGCCCCGAGCUCGAGAAGACCGUAGAGGACUUCAUCCAGUCCAUCUUCAUCGUGCUCGAGUCCAAAAGACUGGAUCGGGCUACGGAUAAAUCCGGGGAUAAGAUCCCGCUCCUGUGCGUGCCGUUCGAGAAGAAGGACUUCGUCGGCUUGGACACGGACAGCAGGCACUAUAAGAAGCGCUGUCAGGGCCGCAUGAGGAAGCACGUGGGGGAUCUGUGUCUGCAGGCGGGCAUGUUACAGGACGCUCUGGUGCACUACCACAUGGCCGUCGAGCUGCUGCGCUCCGUCAACGACUUCCUCUGGCUGGGGGCUGCUCUGGAGGGUCUCUGCUCGGCCUCGGUGAUAAUCCAUUACCCAGGAGGCACGGCUGGAAAGGGCGGCGCACGCAAACCCGUCGUCUCCACGGCAACAGAUGGUGGCAAGAGACACCGGCCAGGAGCUCAGGAGGUUCUCAUUGACCCAGGUGCUCUGACCUCCAGCAGCAGUAUCAGUGCCGACACCAGCAGCGAGAUCGGCCGAGCCAAGAACUGUCUGAGUCCAGAGGACAUCAUCGAGAAGUACAAAGAGGCCAUCUCUCAUUACGGCAAGUAUAAGAAUGCUGGGGUGAUUGAGUUGGAGGCGUGUGUGAAAGCAGUGCGAGUUCUGGCCAUUCAAAAGAGAGCCAUGGAGGCAUCAGAGUUCCUGCAGAAUGCAGUCUACAUCAACCUGGGCCAGCUUUCUGAAGAGGAGAAGAUCCAGCGCUACAGUGUCCUGUCCGAGCUGUAUGAACUGAUCGGGUUCCACCGAAAGUCUGCGUUCUUUAAGCGUGUAGCGGCCAUGCAGUGUGUGGCUCCUACCAUCCCCGAGCCAGGCUGGAAGGCUUGUUACAGACUACUGCUGGAGACGCUGCCCGGCUACAGCCUCUCUCUCGACCCUAAAGACUUCAGCAAAGGAACUCACCGUGGCUGGGCGGCUGUACAGAUGCGUCUGCUGCAUGAACUGGUGUACGCGUCCCGGCGCAUGGGGAACCCCGCCCUCAGCGUCCGCCACCUCUCCUUCCUCUUACAGACCAUGCUGGACUUCCUGUCAGAUCAAGAAAAGAAGGAGGUGACGCAGAGUCUGGAGAACUACACGUCUAAGUGUCCUGGAGGGAUGAACGUCAUCACACUUCCAGACGGACUCAAACUGGCCCCGGUGCCCUUGACCAAGCUGCCCAUUGUCAGGUCUGUGUCUCUGCUGAAUCUGCCUGCAAGUCUCCGUCCACAUAAAGUGAAGGGUCUGCUCGGGCCGAACGUCAGCUCUGCCAGCCCCUUCAUCUACUCUCCCAUCAGCAUCCACAACAGAGGAGAAGAGCGCUCCAAGAAGAUCGAUUUCCAGUGGGUGCAGGGGGACGUGUGUGAGGUGCAGCUGAUGGUGUACAACCCCAUGCCCUUUGAACUGCGCGUAGAGAACAUGGGGUUGCUGACGUCCGGCGUGGACUUUGAGUCUCUGCCCGCUGCUCUCUCUCUCCCCGCUGAGUCUGGUCUCUACCCCGUCACUCUGGUGGGCGUCCCGCGCACCGCCGGCACCAUCACCAUCAACGGUUACCACACAUCAGUGUUCGGUGUGAGCAGUGACUGUCUGUUGGACAGUUUGGUUGGUGUGAAGUCCAGCGGCUGUGUGGUGGAGGUGGUGCCGUCACUGCCUCGCCUCCAACUCACCACCUCCCUACCACGGGCUGCACGUGUAGGUGCUGAGGAUCUGUCCAGCAGUGUGUCUCUGCAGCUGUUUAAUGGAGAAACUCAGCAGCUCACCGUCACACUGGAGAACAUCGGCUCUGAGAGUUUAAACACACUGGAGUUGUCGUCUAGAACACUCAGUACUAAAGAAAAGUUAUUUGGGGAGUUUGUGAGCUGGGACAUGGAUGACGCUCUCUCUCGUCUCCCUCUGAAGCCAGGCCAGGCUCUCACCAUCACCGUCAACAUCCGAGCCAGGCUGGACUUCUCUGGUCAGGAGAACCUGCUCCAGGACCUAAACGAUGAUGGUAUCAGUGUGACUGGACUGCCCAUCUCCAGCCCUCUGAGACAGGUCCUGAAGCCCCGCCCAGAAAACAAGCAAGUCAACUCCGACACCAACAAGAGCGAAUACAACCAGGUGAAGACUCUGGAGUGUGUGUUGUGUUUCCGGUACAGUGGAGGUCCGGGGCAUGUGGAUGGUUACUACAGAGAGCUCAGUCUGGGCAUCAGAGUGGACGUGGAGCCCUCUGUGUUCUUCACCAGGGUCAGCACACUCCCGGCUACCAGCACGCGUCAGUGCCACUUGCUGCUGGAUGUCUUUAACCCCACUGAGCAUGAACUCACACUCACAGCCAGGAACCAGGAGCUGGUGCUACACUCCACCGAGUGUCAGAGGAUGGCUAUUCAGGUGGAUAAGUUCGACUUUGAAAGCCUGCCGAUGCCGUCCCAUGAUGCCGUGCACCUGAGCAGUGUGUAUGAGCGGGAGGAGGAGAAGCAGCAGGUUCAGGGAGGACACAUCAGCAACACACUGCAGCUCCGCUGGACCAUCCCGUCUCUGAAGAGGCAGGGUGAAGCGAGUGUGGAGGGCGUCCUCACCCAGCUCGUCCUGGAGCACCUGCAGCUCGCGCCGCUACAGUGGGACAUAGCUGUGAAUGGUAAAGCGUGCGACUGCGACGUGGUUGCUGAGUGUAAAGUGGGCGACGCCGUGCCAUUGGAGGUCAAGCUAACCAAUCGCAGCAAGAGCGUCGUGGGACCGUUCUCUCUCACAGUGGUGCCGUUUCAGGACUAUCAGAACGGCGUGCAGAACUAUGAGCUGCAGGAAGCCGUCACAUUCAUCGGCUCCAACUCCUUCUACAUCGAUUUGGUGAGUCCAGCGGGGAACUCGACCUGUGCUGGAGCGUUGCUGUUCCUUUACACUGGGGAUUUCUACCUGAACAUUAAGUUCCAAGACGACAGCACGAGCCGAGACCUUCCUCUCACGUGGUUCUGCUUGCCCAGCGUCCACAUCCGAGCGCAAGAACCAGUCGAGGCCGCUGCCUGAACUUGGGGACUCUGGGGCACUCUGACAUUUUUGGGCAGAGCAUGUGUACUGUAAUCCUGGGCUGCUACUAGUUCUCUCUAGUUCUGCGUCAUUACUGGACAUUUCCUCAUAAAGUUUAUUAAUAAUGUAACGGCAUGUCAUAUUACCCUUGACCUGACUCCUGGGGUUUAUUGCAUGAUUACUCAGUCUUUUUUCAACUGUUUCUAAAUCUAGAUCUCCUAGAAGUUCUAUGUGCAAACCUGCAACUAAGCAUUUCUAGAUGUAGAAGCCCUAAAGGUUCCAUGCAGAACCCUACAACUGAGCAUUUCUAAAUCUAGGAGCUGUAAAAGGUUCUAUGUGGAACCCUAUGACUGAGCAUUCCUGAGUCUAGAACCCUUAAAAGUUGUUUGCAGAAGCCUACAACUGUUUGUAAAUCAAAAAUGCCUAAAUGUUCUAUAUGGAAGCCUAAAAUUUAGUUUUUCCAAAUCUAGAAUCUCUAAAUGCAACAUGCACAACUGUGCAACUGUUUUUAAACCUAGAACCCCUAAAGCCUCAAUGUGGAACCUUACAACUGAGCAUUUCUAAAUCUAGAUGUCCUAAAUAUUCUGUGCAGGACCAUAGAACUGAUUAUUUCUAAAACUACAACGCAGAAGGUUCUGUGCAGAUCUCCUGACGCAGCUGAGAGUGUAGUAGAGAAUAGAGGUUGGUGUGUAGGUGAGUAAAGCUCAGUGCUGUCACAGUUACAGUAGAACGUUUGAUAAGCGUGUAAAUAUAAAGCGGUGCUGAUUGUGAUAGUGAUAUAUUUAUGUUCUCAUUUCCUCAGGUCCUCACAGGUUUAGCUGUUAGACACACAGUUAUAAAAUCUAAAAUCUCUUGCCUUUAUCUCUAUCUCUUUAUCUCACCGUUUUUUAAUGACUUUGUUUUUCAGUUUGACUCGGUUCUUUUUUUUUUCCUCAAGCUGCUUCAUUAUUACAAAUCUCAUAUCCUGCGUCUCACUUCACUGUUGGUGUGUAAUAUAUUUGAUCGAUGGCUGUCGCAUGGAUUAUAAAUCAUAAAUAUAAUGUUUGUGGAAAGUCUCUGGUUUUCAUGGAGUUCUUUCUAAAAUUAGCAGGAAUGUUUGGGUAAGGAUUUUGAUGCCUACUCUCCAUAAUAAACUUUAUCACAGUGUACGAUAUUAUCACAUUACAACCCAGAGCUAUAAGUGUGAAAAAUAAAAUAACACACCAGAGCUACUAAAGACUCUAUACCAAACCUUACAACUGAGUGUUUCUAUAUGUAGAGCUACUAAAGACUCUAUACCAAACCUUACAACUGAGUGUCUGUGCAUGCAGAACCCCAAAAUGGCUGAGUACCUACAUGUGAUGCCCCACAAUCCUCCUCUACUAGAACAUUGUUAAUGCUAGUCUGGGUUUUUGACAACAGCAUGAGCUUUGGUAGCACUUUUUAUCCUCUAUUUACAGCUCUUUCACGCAUCAUCUUUCCUCCCAGAGCUUUCACACUGGUUCACACUUCCAUUCUCCAGUGGCUGUCAUGUGACCAGAACAGGUCUUGUGAUGUCAUUGAGGUUUAAACCAGUUGGCAGAAGCGAUGAAGAACUCACCUACUGUUAAAUACGAAUAUUAUUUGCAACUGGUUGUCACUGUAGGUGUUUUCAGCUACGUGAUCAUUUUUAUACAGAACAGUGUGUCAUGUAAGAUAAGCAGGCCUAUUUCAGGUUACUUAACAACUCGAAACAGUUUGAGAGCAGUGUGGGAUGAUUUUGGCAUGCAGCUUGGUGGAGGAUGAUCAAAGUAGAUCAUUCACUCACACUCUAACUGCUUAUUGUUUAGUAAUGAGGAAAUAAUUGGAGGUGAAAUGCGUUUAAUAAAUACAAGCUUGAAAAACACAAAAUAGACUACAUACUAUUCCCCUAGCUUAGGGAAAUGACAAAAUAUAGCUACUUGGUUGAAUUUAAGGAUAGAUUUUCUUUAAAAAAUUUGUAUAUGUAGACCAGUUUAUCUUUUUUUUUUGCUCUAGCCCAUUCAACACACUUGAUUCAUCUGAUAAUCUUCAACAAGACAGAUGUAGAGCAUUAAAUUAGGUGUGUUGGAAAAGCAAACUACAUCCUGAAGUCGUCAUUAAGCAUAUUGAGUUUUUCAUUACCUCAUAUGGACUUGGAUAUGGCCUGUGUGAGUUAUACACUUUGUUCUGCACAGAGUUGCUAGCUUCAUAUACCAAAUGAUUUGUCUAAUCAGUCUAUAAAAAUGGACAAAAACGCUUCACAUACGUAGCUGUGGCAGAUUCUCAGCCUUUUGCUUUGAUUCAUAAAAGAAACAUCAUCUUGUCAAAUGUUAUUUUUGAUAUCAGGGUUGUCACUUUUCACCACAGCUCUAUACAGACAUACUAAUGUUUGCCUA